AUGGCUGCGCCAAACAUCACAACCUUUAGUCACCUCACCUUCGUCCUGGUCGGCAUCCCGGGCCUGGAGCCCUGGCACCCCUGGAUCUCCAUCCCCUUCGCGCUGAUGUACACGGCGGCUGUUCUGGGGAACUGUGGUCUCCUCCUGCUCAUCGCCACCCAGCGCAGGCUGCACGAGCCCAUGUUCAUUUUCCUCUCUAUGCUGGCGGUGGCCGACGUACUGUUAUCCACCUGCACAGUUCCCAACAUGCUGGCCAUCUUCUGGUUUGGACCCAAGGCCAUUUCCUUCAGUUCCUGCCUCACCCAGAUGUUCUUUUUUCGCUUUGGGUUUGCCACUGAGUCCAGUCUUCUGCUGGCCAUGGGGUUUGAUCGGUACAUCGCCAUCUGUGAUCCCCUGAGGUACACGACUGUCCUCACCAAUAAGAAGAUCGGGAAGAUAGCCAUUGCCAUUGUCAUGAGAAGUUUUUGUAUGGUUGUCCCCACUGUUUUUCUCAUCAAAUGGCUUCCCUUCUGCGCAAGCAACGUCAUCCCACACUCCUACUGUGAGCAAAUCGGGGUGGCCAGGCUGGCCUGUGCAGACAUAACCAUCAAUAUCUGGUAUGGCUUUUCAAUGCUUCUCUUAACCAUCGUAGUUGACGUUGCAUUCAUCGUUGUGUCAUACGUGCUGAUCCUCAGGGCUGUCUUCAAGCUGCCCACCAAGGAUGCCCGGUUCAAGGCACUCAGCACCUGUGGCUCUCAUGUCUGUAUCAUCCUUUUAUUUUAUGUUCCAGCCUUUUUCGUUGUCCUAACACACGGCUUUGGCCAUAACGUCCCUCAACACAUUCACAUCCUGCUGGCCGAUCUCUACGUGCUCGUGUCCCCCGUGCUAAACCCCAUUGUUUACGGGAUGAAAACCAAGCAGCUGCGGGAACAAAUGGUCUGCGUGUUGUCUCAGAAGGGAAGAUGGUUCUGA